CGCUCGACUGGUAUAAAGCUGUUUCUUAGGAGACGGUUUGUCAGAGUCCCGGUAGACUUCAGCUUGACAGUCAUGUACCUGUAUCUCCUGGGGCUGCUGAUCUUAUACUAUGUGUACCGCUGGGUCAGGGAGCUACCCAGGGUCCCAGACAAGGGCAACAAGUAUGUGUACAUCACAGGCUGCGACACCGGCUUUGGAAACCUCCUGGCCCGCCACCUCGACAGCAAGGGCUUCAGAGUGAUCGCCUCGUGUUUCAGUGAGAAGGGAGAAGAGGAUCUGAGGAAGUCCUGCUCCACCAACCUGACAACAACUCACCUGGAUGUAAGGUCCCAGGACAGCGUGGCCAAAGUGGCAGCUAUGAUCAAGGACAAAGUUGGGGAGCGUGGCUUAUGGGCUGUAGUGAACAAUGCAGGCGUGUCCGUCCCCUCUGCUCCCUGUGAUUGGCUAACCAUCGAUGACUACAAGUCCAUGCUGGACGUCAACCUGAACGGAGUGAUCGCAGUGACCCUGAGUGUGCUGCCACUUAUUAAGAAGGCCAGGGGUCGGGUGGUGAAUGUAGCCAGUGUGUUUGGGAGGAUCAGUGUCACAGGAGGCCCGUAUACUAUCUCCAAGUAUGGGGUGGAGGCUUUCAACGACAGUCUCAGGUUAAAUAUGGCACCUUUUGGCGUCAAGGUCCUCUGCAUUGAGCCGGGCUUCUUCAAAACAAAUGUGACGGACAGUGGCAUCCUGACCAAAAACGUGAGAUAUCUGUGGGAGAAAAUGCCCCAGGAGGUCAGAGAUGACUACGGAACGGAGUUUCUACAAAAAUCGAUAGCCAUAUUGACCGAGAAAGUUGAAAAGAUCAGUGAUGGAGAUCUGAUGAAGGUGGUGGGCUGCAUGGAGCACGCUGUGUCCGCCGUCCAUACCCGCCAUCGCUACUCCCCCGGCUGGGACGCCAAGAUUUUCUGGCUGCCACUGUCCUACAUGCCGACCUGUGUUUCUGAUUACAUGAUGCUUAAACAAAGCAUUCCUAUUGCCAGGAAAUAAUUUUGUGCACAUUUUAUGCAAUUCCAACCAUUUCAGGUUCACCAGUGGUAUACUGAUAUCACUGGUUUUUUAUUAUUAUACUGGAGCAAAGAGCAGUAAACCAAACAAAUGAGACUUUGAAUUGGGUAUACACUUAAGGUCACCUUAUCUACAGGCAGAUGGAGUUUGUCUGUGGGUCAAUGAUGGGCAUGGUCGUAUGGAAUGUUAAGGACAAGCAAUAAAAAAGCAGGCUGAAACAAA